CCCCGCAUCAAGAUGGUAGCCCAUCAUUCCGGCGUCAAUCCGGUGCCCGUCCGGGCAAGCUCACUUCACACUACCACAGCGUUGCUCUCUUCACUUACACUCUUACCCUCGGAUGGAAUAGGGAUGAAGCAAACCUCCAGUUUGUUCGAUGCAGAUUACGUAGAUGAAUCUCAUAUAGAUGCAUUCGUCGCCGCGCUUCGUUCUGACGAACUUGGUGGGACGGAUCUUCUAGCCGCGGCAUCACCAAACAUGCAUCCAAGCACCCCAGUUCCACACAGUCCGCGCGUCAGAAAACGUCGGAAAGGAGAGAAACCAGCUGUUCUCAGGCAGGAUUGGUUAUUUCUUAUUCUGAGAUGGCCGCUCUUGUGUUUUAUUUUUGCGGUGAUAUUUGUCCAGUUUAGCUUCUAUGUGGUAAUAAGGCAACUGGUCAAUACGAAGGAAUGGCUAACGGCCUGGCGAGGUCCGAAGGGAUUGCUUCGAAAGCGACUUCGCGCAGCACAGACAUAUGACGAAUGGAAAGCUGCAGCACAAGCAUUGGACGAAUAUCUUGGUUUCGAUGAAUGGAAAAAGACGGAUGAGGAUUCUUUUUACGACUGGAAGCUGAUCAGAAAGGUUAACCGAUCGCUGAGAAUUCUGAGGGAGAAGAAGGACGUGCGUGGGGUACUCGGCGUGCUCGAGACCUGCGUAAGGAACAACUUCGCCGGCGUGGAGUCGUCCAGCAAGGCUUUGAUCGAGUCCUAUUACAACGAGCAGGAAAGGGCACUUCAGUUUGUAAGAGAGUCAGGGGGGCUGUCUAACGAGGAAAAAAAACGUUUCUUCAAAAGUGCGAGCACUAAUCUCGGUACUUCUGCCCUCUGCCUAUCGGGCGGUGCAUCAUUCGGCUAUUAUCAUUUCGGAGUUGUUAAAGCAUUCCUUGACACUGGCCUGCUACCUCGCGUUAUUACAGGGACCUCUGCUGGUGGUCUUAUUGCUGCACUGGUGUGCACGAGAACGGAUGCGGAAUUGCGGACUUUGCUUGUUCCAGAGCUUGCACAUAAGCUAACCGCGUGCGAAGAACCCUUCAGUAUUUGGAUCACACGUUUUAUGAAGACUGGUGCCCGUUUUGACAGUGUUGCGUGGGCCAGAAAAUGUACCUUCCUCACUCGAGGUUCGAUGACCUUCCGGGAAGCAUACAUGAGAACAGGGCGGAUACUUAAUAUUUCCGUGAUUCCAGCGGACCGCCAUUCUCCAACGAAGCUUUUAAAUUAUCUUACAGCACCUGAUACCAUAAUCUGGUCGGCGGUGCUUGCUUCAGCUGCAGUUCCUGGAAUUUUGAACCCGGUCGUCCUUAUGCAGAAGCUUCAGGACGGUCGGAUUGUGCCAUGGAAUUGGGGGAGCAAGUUUAAGGACGGAUCAUUGAGGGUCGAUAUCCCUAUUCAAGCCCUGAAUCUCUACUUCAAUGUGACUCACCCUGUGGUGUCCCAAGUUAAUCCACAUGUUCAUUUGUUCUUCUUUGCUCCCAGAGGUUCGGCAGGGAAGCCGGUAGCUCACAGGAAAGGUUGGAGAGGGAACUUUUUACUGUCCGCUGCCGAGCAAUGGCUAAAGCUAGAACUCACGAAGAACUUCAAGGAAUGCCCAUGUUUGCUCUACACCGUCUUUUUACAGCGUUUUGAUGGCGCAGUCACGAUCUGGCCAAAGACUCGCCUCUGGGAUUGGUUCCGCAUUUUGAGCGACCCGGACCCCACAGAGCUCGAAAGAGUGAUGCGGGUUGGACAAGUUGUCACUUGGCCCAAGCUGCAUAUGAUUGAGAACCGAUACCGGAUAGAGACACAAAUUUUGCUCGGCCGACAAGCAGUACGUAGGGCUAUCCAGCGUGCCCAGCCAAGCCCAAGUGCGGUUGAUACCGACGGUAUCGUUGCGAACGGCAACAAUCCGCCCGAACCCAUCACUGGGAUCAAUCUUCCCACCGCAAUGAAGGAUACUGAGCCUCUACUUCCCAUGGACACUGACACCGAGAGUGCGUUCGCUGACAAGGGCACCGCCUGGUACUUUAGGCGUGGACGUCCUACAGCUGCCGCCAGUGUGGAGUCCGGCGGAUCCACACCUAAUUGUGACGGAUUUCUGAAGAAUGACCCGCUUCGGUCCCCUACGUUGCGUCGCAAAUGGGCUUCCGACCUACUUGAUCAGCGGUACAAUGUUGAUGACCCUUCCCCAAGCAACCGUCCACCCACCCCAGACCCACCACUUCCAGCAGAUCCACGACGAGCAAAUCACCCCGCGUCACCCAGUUUUUUUACGAGGCUUCGUCGCAGCUCUCUUAGCGCGUUGAAAAUGCCAUUUUCUGCACAGCAAAAAUUCUCUGAGGCUAGUUCUGGUAGGUCGCCUAGUCCGGACAGAGAGGGUGCUGCGUGGAGUAGUGAUACUUCAUCGGAGGACGGCUUUUCGCUUGAUGAUAGGACAUGUACUAAUGUUCCAGUCGAUGCGGAUGGUGCUGGGCUGGAAUACUUGUAGUUCUACUAUGAUGCUUGUUAGCCCAUACAUGGCCAGGUAGUCUUGUAUGCCACAGCCUGUAGUUUAAAGAAGUUAUUGACGUCCCCCAAUAAUAUAGGGAUACAUAUGUAUUGAUUUCUAG